CUGCAUCUCUGAUUGCAUUCAGGUGAAUCCAUAGGUGAAACCAUGGCCUACAAAGUGUGGUGUGCCAAGAGAAGCGCUGCAAACUCUGCGGAAUAAAUUGAGCUGUACUGAAACAGAAACGUGAUUAGGCUCAUGCUGCAGGUUGUGGCUGUGAGAUGGAGGCUGGAAAAGUGUACAGCAGUAACACAGUGCUUCAAGCUAGAAAGGCUGUGGAGCAACUGAGGCUGGAGGCUAAUGUGGAAAGGAUCAAGAUCUCAGCUGCGGCUGCUCAGCUAGUGCAGUACUGUCAGGAGCACCGGCGUGGAGAUCCACUGCUUACAGGCAUCGCUGCCUCCUCCAAUCCAUUUAAGGACAAGAAGACUUGUGUGCUACUGUAAGAGUACACAUCCACUUCUAUUAUAUGUAUAUGUGAAGGAUGACAAUGUAUUAAUGUGCAUAUGUUGCAUGCUACCUUAUAUCCUUGGCAGUACUAACUCUCACUAAUACUUACUUUAUUAGAUUUAACCUAUUUGAACUAGCUAUUGGACAUGUUUUUCAGACUUGAGUUAAGUUCUGUAUGGUGCUCUUUAUAAGUUGUUGUACCGUUCUGAUUUAUUUGUGUGCCAGUGCUUCUUUUAAUAAAUUGAGACCUCUAGCCUUCACAUUUAUUUAUAAAUCAAAUCUUGGACAGAGAGAUUAUGAAAGGUUAUAUAUUGCAUAAACUGAUAACUGGAAGGGGAUGAAUAAUCAACUCCUAAACAUGUGAAGCAUUUCAUCUCACAUAUUGUUUGUUGUCUUGUACAAACAGAUGACUCAUUUACUCAACAUGUAUUUAUUAAUGAAAACAAACUGACAAAUAAAAUGCAAAUUACAAGGUUACAGGUGGCAAACAGAAACUGAAGAUUAGUAAGUCUAAAUGUUGGACAAACAGCAGUUCUUUUAAGCUUUAAACCAAGUAAACCACUGCACCACAAUGUAAUUUGUGCACACUGUUAUGAAGUGGCAGAUAAAUCUUUGGGAAUUUAAAUGAAAUGGCAAAGAGAUGGAAUUUCUUUGAUUGAACCGGCAUGCUAUUAUUACACAUUAUACAUAUUUUACAGUUAAUUUAAGAUUAGCAGUAUGUAGUUUAACCAAAUACAUCAUUCCAGAGUAUUGUCCCCUAAAUCCCUAUAAUGCAAUAGUUGGUUAUGCUGCAAAACACAUAUCAGACACAUUAUACACAAAUGAAAACUGUGUGUUAUUUGAACAUUACACCCAUAUAUGAGCCCAACUUGUUGCCACAAUGUUAAUGAAAUGUAUGCUUUUUACUUUCCCUUCACUGGAACUGAGAAGUUCAAACAUGUUCCAGUGUGACAAUCCCCUCUGCACAACCCCACUGUACACCUUUGGGAUGAUCUGGAAUACUGACUGCACCGUGCUUACAAUCAGUACCUGACCUCUGUAAUGCUCUUGUGGCUGAAUGAGCACAAAUCCCCCAAAGCCAUGCUCCAAAAUGUAGUGAAAAUCCUUCCCAGAAAAGUGGAGGUUAUAAUAACAGCAAAGGGGGACUAAAACUGAAACAGACUUGGCAACAAGCACUUAUUAGUGUCAAAUUAUAUAUAUAUAUAUAUACACACACACAACGUAAUCACACAUUUUUAUCUGUUAUAAAUGUACCAUAAGUUAAUAUUUUUCAAGUUUUUAAUACUCUAAUCAACAUGGGCAUGGACAAAUAUGUAUGCUUUAUGCAAAUAUUCAUUAUUAGUGAAACCUUAUCAACAUAAAGCAUGAAGACUAAAUAUUCUUGUAAAUGUUUUAAAGUAAUGAUGAGGUUUUAAAUUACGUUGGUGUAAAUCAUCAGGACGCCAAAUGGAACUCAUGCUGUUUUCACACGGACGGUUUUAAUUGCACCAUGGUGGUUUUUGGUGCUUGAUUUGAGACUUGGCACAUCAGUAAAACAAAUGUUUAGUAUAAAACAAUAUUUUUGGUGAAGUUUAUUAAUUGUUUUAUAUCUGAGCAAAAGAAAGAAUGUCGUAAAUAAAUGUGUAGCAUUAAAAGUCUUGCCACUUUUCUAUUUAUUUCUAUUUUUAUUUAUAAUGUUCAAACAGAAAUGCCUUUUGCAUUAAACCUGUAAGAUGUAAACUAUACAAUU